UGGUUAGAGUUCAAUGGUGUGACUGCUGUUGAUUUCGCAUGGUGGGUACCUUAUGUACCGCGUAUUUCUCGGAGCCAAUCAUGUAGCCGGAAUUUCGUUCUAUUAUCUACCAGAAAACUAAGGAAAUUGUGCGAUUGGCUGACGCAAGUUAUGCGUGCGCGAAGUAUACUUUUCAUGGGGAAUCAGCCUGAGCCUUCGCAGGUAGUGGUGGUCAAAGGUGGUCAGAGAUGGUCGGAGAUGGUCUGAGGCGUCAUUGGCAGUGAUUGGCAGUCAGCAGGCUUUAAGCAGCUCUAAGCGUCAUGAUGGUGCGUGGGUUGAAGUGGUUCCGUUCCCACCGUUUUUUCUUUUCAGAAAAGUGUUUGUUUUGAAUCAUAAAAUCGCGAACAAUUCCUUUAGAUAUUAUGUGUCUAACUCCAUUGUGGGAAGUUGCUCUGUCAUAUGAGUCGCUAUGGAGCAAUAUAUUGGAGACCGCAAUAUUAAUGGAGAAUAAAGUCUGAGCUCAUAGCUAUAUGAUGUCGGAAUCGCCAAACACGUCUCCUACACGUCUAUGGAAGAGGAAGAAAAGCUGGUUCCUUUGCAAUCCGUUGCCGCUCACCCUAUGGAUGCUUCAUGCGUGGUUAACGAAUUACCCUGUCGCCACAGCCGACCUGCCUUUGCCAUCCAUUAAAGCCAAUCAAUGUCCCGUUGAAUGUGCUUGUCUCGGGAACGUAGUCGACUGUAGUAGGCUGCAGCUCGUUGGGACUCCCAGCGGUUUACCGCCCUGGACUGAGAUAUUGGACAUAAGCGGCAAUCGAUUGGGAGACAAUUUUACAACUGCACUGAUGGAAUUAACACAACUGCAGGGACUGAAAAUUAACAAAAAUCAAUUAACUCGAAUACCUGAUCUUCCCUUUCUCAAGAAUUUAUCACAACUCUCUUUGUCUCACAAUUCUAUCAGCAAUGUCCACGGCGUAGCUUUGCAGAGCUUACCAGAACUGGAAAUCUUGGAUCUCAGUGGAAAUAAAUUGGGCACCUUGCAUCGGGGUUCGUUUCUGUCGCCAAAUCGUUUAACACACUUAAAUCUGAAUAGCAAUCAGAUUGGUACUAUAGAAGCUGGAAGUUUGGACAACUUGACCUCCCUCGAGGAGCUGCGACUUAAUAAGAAUCGUCUUAGGCAAUUGAAAGACCUCUUCACCAAUCUCGGGCGAUUACGAAUCUUGGAACUUAACAGGAACGAGCUACAGCAGAUUCAUGGCCUGAGUUUGAAGAACCUUACGAGUCUGGAGGAACUGCGAUUGAAACGAAAUAAAAUAGACACGCUCUACGAUGGAGCCUUCUGGCCGCUCAAAAGCUUGGUUCUCCUUCAACUAGACUUUAACGAGCUCUCAGUCGUAAAGAAGGGUGGACUAUUUGGUUUGGAAGGACUGCUCAAACUGACACUCUCGCACAACCGUAUCUCUACGAUCGAGGCUCAGGCGUGGGACAUCUGCCACAAAAUAACCGAACUCGACUUAUCGUACAACGACUUGGCUUCUAUCGAGCGUGGAACAUUCGAAUUUUUAGGAAAACUCGAAAAACUUAAGAUGGAUCACAAUAAAAUUACCUACAUAUCCGACGGCGCUUUUAAUAAUACACCGAACUUGCAAGUGCUGGAAUUAAAUUCCAACAAAAUUUCAUACAUGGUUGAGGAUAUUAACGGAGCCUUUGUGCCUCUCGCUCGACUCUUGAAAUUGGGUCUGGCCCACAAUCGAAUUAAGUCGAUCAACAAGAACGCCUUUACCGGACUUAUUCGACUUACGGAAUUGGAUUUGACUGGCAACAAUAUCACCAGUAUUCAGGACAAUGCGUUGGCCUCUAUGGCCGGUCUCGUUACUCUUAAGAUGAAUUCGGGGUCCUUGGUGUGCGAUUGCGGUCUGCAGUGGCUGAGUGUUUGGUUGCGAGAUCACAGGUAUUCCGGUGCUGGCAUUCGUUGUGGUUAUCCCCAUUGGCUCCAGAGCAUGCCUUUGACAGAUCUGCACCAUACUAACUUUACGUGCGAUGAAUACCCGAAACCACGAAUCAUCGAAGAACCGGUCAGCCAAAUGAGUAUAAAAGGUGAAAAUGUCACUCUGAUAUGUCGGGCGACCAGUACCGCAAAUGCUCCUCUCACUUUCAUUUGGAAACACGACAACGUCGAAUUAAAGGACAUGAAAUUGCAAAGCGACAACGGUUCUGCGAAUCGCGGAGUAACAGACGUUUCUUCCGAGUUGCGGCUGAUUAAUGUGACGCAUGCGGCUGCCGGUAGAUAUCAGUGCAUGGUGAGCAACACUUACGGCACCACCUACUCCGCUAAGGCCAAAAUCAGUGUCCUCGUCUAUCCGUCGUUCUCAAAAAUCCCGCACGAUAUACGAGUGCCUGCUGGUAGCACGGCUCGACUCGAAUGUUCCGCCGAAGGGAAACCCAGUCCGCAAAUUGCCUGGCAGAAAGACGGUGGCAACGACUUUCCAGCAGCACGCGAACGCAGGAUGCACAUGAUGCCUACGGACGAUGUUUUGUUCAUAGUCAACGUCAAGAUUGCUGACAGUGGAGUGUAUUCCUGCACGGCACAAAAUUUGGCUGGCAUUAUUGUGGCGAGCGCUACGCUCACGAUACUCGAGACACCGUCGUUCGUAAAGCCUAUGGAAAAUAAGGAGAUAACGGUCGGAGGCUCGAUCGUUCUCGAGUGUAUGGCUAGUGGAUCGCCUCGUCCAAAGUUGUCCUGGAGAAAGAAUGGCAGUCCGCUGCAAGCAACCGAACGGCACUUUUUCACGGCGGAAGAUCAACUCUUGAUAAUCGUUGAUACGAUCGCCAGUGAUGCCGGUACUUAUGAGUGCGAGAUGAGCAAUUCUCUGGGCAGCGUUGUCGGAGCCUCCCACCUGACAAUCACUCCGGCUCCUAGUCCGGUGGUCAACGAGGACGACAUGUUGGGUCUGAUAAUAAUCACUGUGGUCUGUUGUGCCGUUGGGACAUCGAUCGUCUGGGUGGUGAUCAUAUAUCAGACAAGGCGGCGACUAAACGCGACUCAUAACGGGACGCCCAGGACGAGCAGUCACGUGAAUAGCAACAGCAGCAGUAGCCGGCAAUUGGCAGCGGGUAUCCUUCCAAACGGUCCUGCGGAAGCUCAGACGCAACUUUACUUGGACACCAGUUCGCAACACAGCAAGGACAGUGGAACCGGCGAUAGCACCAAUCCGAGUAGCGACCAGUUACAACUUUGUUUGCCUGAGGAAAUUGUCAACUGCGCCGCUUCGGCUAAUGGCCACGAGGACGACGGAGCCAUUACUUGUGCCACGGAUGACGACGGACUGAUUUCCAGACUUCCCGAUACUUACGGUACCGAUGACUCUCGGACGGCCGGAAAUGCGUCUGACCCCGUGGACUCCGGUGACGUCGGCGACACCAACGGCGGCACGCAUCCUCUCUUGCGGUAUACGAACCACGAACGAAACCUUCGUCGCGGCACAUUGCAUUUCGAUUGCACACCUUGACAGAUCAGUCUUUGACCGCUAACUUCCUGAUGAUUAACUGCUAUCCACUUCUUUAUUCCCUUGCUUUCAGUUUUGCAGUGAUCAUCGUCCUUCUUGUUCUCUUUAUUAUUCUCCCUUAAAGUACGUUCGCGCUUACGUUGACUAUCCGUGUGAUAUUUCACAAUAUUCUUUCGUAAAUUUAUUGACCCGACGGGCGAAUUUAUCUUGCAUUUAAAGAAAGUUCAGUGAAUAUGCGAAUACUAGGAUAAGUUACUGUAAAUAGUUAAUUUAAAGGAAAUAGUCGGGAAGAAAAGAGAGGAAAAGAGGAAACGGGAAAUGGAUGAGGGGGUGGCGCGAAAAGAUGAAUAACGUGGGCCUCGUCUAAGGAAGUUACACUUACGAGCAUAAGGAGAUUAGUAUACGGUUGAGAAUAGUUGAAUAUCUCAAGUUGUGGAAGAGGCUAGGGGUCUCCUCGCGCCCACUCACAAAACACACACACACACACACAAGCCAGCCUUUUGUGAUAGAUAUUUAUUCUAGAAUUAAUUGACUUAGGUGAGUUAUUUGUGUUGAUUGGCAAUACGAUUUUAUGGGGAUGCGUGAACCGCGGAUUUAAACAGUUCAUCGCACCUAAGUGCCGGCUUAUAAUCAGAUAUUUCGUAAAUUGUCUUCCGUUUUUCUUUCUAUCUCUAUUCGGUAGACCCGGUAUAUACAUAAAUAUAUACACUAAUUGUACUAAAUUUAUUUUACUCGAUAUUUAAAGUAUUGCUCACUAUCGAUAAGUAUGUCGCUUCUAAUUUCAAUUAAUCCCUAGGUCCAUAGAACGCGUAAGGAAUUUUAUUUUAGUCCAGUCUUAUCGUCUAAGUUUAAGCGAACGUUUAGUUGAGCUUACUUAUUUAACGCUCAUGAUUGACUAGCUCGAAUGGCAUAACAAUCUGAAAUGAGGUUAGAUAAUAUCAGGCUUAAAUUUAAACGAAAAAACUGGGAGCUUUGUAUCGUGUAACGAGCUCAUAGGGGUAGCCCUUGUUUUGUUGACUAAUUUUGUUUUCUAUGUUUAUUAUCUAUGCCAUGCUUACCAUGUUUACCAUGUUUACGAUGGCGUCAAUUGAGUAGCAACGAUUGCUUUAAUUGUUUUCAUUUUUCUACUUCAUUCUUGGAAUAUUAAACAUGCGCCUACAGUAAUAUAUAAGAUAGAUGUAGUGCUUCUCUUAAGAAGAAGUUGUUAAUGAAACAAGAAGAGAGAAAAAGCUAGCAAGGAGAAAAGAUUGUAAAAGUGCGACUAAUUGGAAAAACGUACAUUGGAAAUGAAUUCGUUCCCAAAGAGAAGCACUGAUCGUGAGAGUGCAUAAGACAAAGAUUGAGACAGCUUGUGUCAUAUACUCGGCCUUAGUAGUCUCUGUAUUUGUCUAUUUCUUUCUUCUACAUAUGUAUUCAAAUUAAAAUGUUUCGCCGACAAAUGGAUGCUCCAUCCCCGGAUGACUUUUUAACCGGCGAAUAAUGAACAAUUCACAAAGCGUUUACUGGGCGAAACACCAAAUGAGCCAUCUCUUUGAUUUCAGUAUUUCCCUUGUUAUAAUGAGAUAUUGCGUACAAAUACAAGUAACCAUUUGAGAGUUUUA